UUUGUACACUCAUUUCCUACAGCUUGGCAGUGGACAUGCUGAGAUCGACAACAGACAUGAAAGAUUCGCUCGAUUAUUCAGGUGAUGUCAGACACGUGGUGGCUGAUAUCAGAUGUGUGGUCAGAUGAGAAGCAGACGACGUCAACAAAAUGGCCGCCCUUGUUGCCAACCUGAUGUCCAUCUUACAGAAGACUCCAACUGUCCGGAAAGACAAGUAUGACCUCCCCUUACCAGACACCUGUCACUUGGAGCUCGGAGAGGAUGUUGUCGGGGGGAAAGCGGUGUUUGUCGUGGGGGACGUCCACGGCUGCUUGGACGAACUGCGGGACAUGAUCCAAGUGGUCAAGAAAAUGGAACCAAACGUGCUGUUUCUUUUUGUAGGGGACCUCAUCAACAGAGGUCCGUGUAGCAUCGGCGUCCUCAGGCUCAUUCAGAGUGGGGAGAUCGACUGUUACGCCGUGAGAGGAAACCAUGAAGAAAUUGUAUUGAAAGAAUACAGGUUUAUGAAAAAUGAUCCCAAUUAUGUUCUGCGAACCAAACACAAAUGGAUCAAGGACAUGACCACACAAGACCACCACUUCCUGUCCCAGCUGCCUUUCACUAUCGGCAUCCCGAGUUUGAAUUCAAUCGUAGUGCAUGCUGGGAUUGUUCCUGGCCUCUCUUUGGACAAGCAAAGUCUCGUGGCCUUGACCCGUAUGCGGAACAUUAUAGAAGAAGACUAUUUUGACGGAGGGGGUCUGGUGUUCUCAAAUAAGCCCGAUAGGGGCGUUCCUUGGUCGUCAUUGUGGCCGGGCCCUGAACAUGUAUAUUUUGGACAUGAUGCACGGCGGGGGUUUCGGCAGUACGAUUUCGCUACGUGUUUAGAUACAGGAUGUCAGUACGGAAAAACUCUCACCGGGAUCUUUAUCAAUGGAUGCCAGCAGAUUGUGAGCAUCAAGGCAAAGCGGAUUUACUGUGUAGGGAAACCUGAAUGAGAUGACGUUUUCAUAUCUCAGUUCAGUCAACAGAAAUGUAAAUGUGUGCUCAGAAACCUGAUUUUUUAUGCAACGUGUGAUCCUUUCAAAUCUCAAUUUUUAGCUAUUCUCUAUUGCAGUGAGUAAUUUCAUGACUUCUUUAAAAAUCCAUUGCAG